AUGGCUUGGCCAAAAGCAAAAGCCGAAACCUUCGAGCGACCAGUUUCCAGUCGAGUUUCGGAGCGCACGCAUGCGCACUACCAUGUGAAAGUGCGCCACGAUUGCCACAUCUACCUGGGAGUUACUGUUCGUUCAGGAAAAUCACGGUUAUUCCAGGAAGGGAAAACCAGAAGUAUGGCUCAAGUUCGACACCUUUUGUGGCUCAUUUCCGCCUGCUAUAUUGCAUCAUGUUCGAGUGGCGCUGAUGCACAGCAUCUCAUUGCUUACAUCUCUCAGCGCGGUCUGCAUGGAGAGAUCACGUUCCGGCAGGUGAACGCCACCACGGUGGAGAUCAAGGCCAGUCUGGAGGCCACGCUGCAGUAUCCCGACCAGGUCUGGAGCUGGUCUGUUCGCCGGUUUCCCGUGGACUAUUCCAACACGGAUGCGGAUGAGCGCUGUGAGCUGAGUCGCCUGGGCGGCCAGGUUUUGAGUUUUGAUGAAGAUCUGGAGUACCUGGUACUGCCGGGUAACGAGACCUCGACAUGGGAACGCAACAUGCAACUGAUCGGGGAUCGGGGAAUCUGGGGCAAGUCGCUGGUACUGACGGAGAUCAAUUCGAAUGUCCGCAUCUGUGCCACCAUUACCACCAUUCAGAGUUCCGUGGAGCAUAUGGCAGAGGCGCGUUUCAAUACUCCCAUUGCUGGAUCCGUUCACUUUCGCUGGCUAGCUCCGGCGGAGGGAGCCAAUGGUGAUACUCUGAUCUACUCAGAUCUGUAUCACAUCAGGGAGCAGCCAGCGCCGCUGGAGGGAAGCGGAAGUGCGGAGCGAACCUUCACCCAGCAUCAUUGGAAAAUUUUCGUGACGGAUAUCUUCAAGCACGAUCAUCACCGCACCGAGGACAAUUGCAAUUUCCUGCAGCUGGUCUUUGAUCCCCAAGGAGGUGGUUCUGGGCAGGGUAUUGGUGAUCUGGACGCCCGUCUGGGCAGAAUUGGAGUGGCCAAGAAUGCUUUGCGUUCGCCACAGCGCAGUGUCUUCAGGGAUGCUCAGCUGGCGCUGCUGCCCUCAGAUCUUACCAUUCCCCAUAGAACCUUGUACUUGGUGCUCUAUGAUAACCAGCAUCCGGAUACGUACCUGGCCUGCACCAAGAUCCGUCACGUCCAACCUCUAAAGUACAAGACCUUCAUCAACUCAGGCGGCGUCAAGGGAGAGGUCACUUUUACACAGCGCUCCAAGUUUGAUCCCACUUUCCUUAACUUUACCCUGGGAGCUCCCCUCUCCCAGCAUGUAAGCCGCAAGUUCGCUGAGGAUGUGGCUGCCUUCCGGAUUCACAGUCUUCCGCCAGUGCCGAACCGCAUGGGCCAUGAGGACUAUUGCUGGACCACGGGAGAGAUGCACAAUCCUCGUGAGGUGACCGAACACAUACCGCCACCGGGUUAUGGAACCCAGGAGCAGUAUCCCGUGGGCGAUCUCUCUGGGAAGCUGCAGGGUCGCAAUAAAGGCUACUGGCAUCAGUACGUCUUGCCCGGAACCAGCUCCGAACUGAAUGGUCUGUACUGGGAUGUCUUCCUGCCACUCCAAGGACGACAUAGUAUAGCACAAAGGAGCCUGGUCAUCUAUACCUACAACCGCACGGAUGUAAACAAGAUCACGCAAAACAUCUGGGGCUGUUCCAGCCUGGGGCAGUAUCAGCGGAAUGGAGUCUACCAGCAGAACAUGGUCACGGCUCAGGUUCUCUUCCGCUAUCCAGUUGUGGGCCGCGUGAUCUUUAGGCAGGCGGCGGAGCAGCCCUGGCAGGACACCACCGUGCUCUUCGAGUAUCUUAUCCAGGCAGAUGGAUCCACGCAGAACACCACCUCCGAUCAUCGCUGGGCCAUUCAUAGUAGUGCUCCGGGAAAAGACUUUUACGACUGGCAGCAGCGGUGUCUCUCUGCCGGACCUGUGUACAAUCCCUUCCGCGUGGAUUGGGGCAAUCGCAGUGCCGAUGACUUCUGCCAACCCAAUUUACCAGCCAUAUGCCGCAUGGGAGCAAUGGAUGCCAGGCUGGGAGCGCUUACAAUUGCCGGAGGAAGAAGGGUAGCCCAGAAAAUAAGUAGGAGAAUGUUUGUGGAUGGUAAUCUGCCACUUUCCGGACGUCACAGCAUUCUGGGCAAGUCGUUGGUCCUUUACGAGGAUAAUGGUCCCAAGGCACGUGGGGAGAGGCUGGCCUGUUCCGCUGUGAUUGGACACUUCCGCCGGAAGGUGGUGGCCAAGGAAUGGUAUGCCAAUGGAGAUCCCCUGACGGUCAGCGGUCGGGUGGAGAUUACCCAGCAAUCGGAGUACGAUAUCAGCAAUGUGGAAGUGCAGUUUAAGGGAUUGCAGGAUAACACUGGCUACCAUAUUCAUAGGACACCAGUGGAGGCCAAUCUGGCCUUUCCCUGCGAGGCCUCUACUUUGUAUGGCGUGUGGAAUCCCUUCGAUGUCAGCCCCAAGUCAGCGCCACCUUCUAAGAGGGGCACCACCGAUCAGUACGAGAUGGGGGAUCUGAGUGGCAAGUUUGGGGACCUCAAAGGUGUUACUCAUUUUGAGGAUGCCUAUAACGACACUAAUUUGCCGCUCUUUGGCUACAACAGCAUAAUUGGACGAUCUGUAGUUAUUCAGAAGAGACAGAAGAAUGCGCGUUGGGCUUGCAGUACCCUGGAGCGUGGCUACAGUCCGAGUGAGGCUAGGGAACUGAGGGCUAUUGCCUCCUUCCAUCAUCCCACAGGUUAUGCCUAUGGCUAUAUUAAAAUGACGCAGCUGAUCCACAAUGAUGGCAGUCAGUCGGAAACGGUGAUCGAGGUGAAGCUGAGGCAUCCCGGCAAGAAUGAUCGCAACUCCACCCAGAACCACAACUGGCAGAUCUUUGUGAAUCCCGUAGGCGUAGAUGCAGCCGUAAAGCCAACAAAUACGAGAUGCGUGGCCGGUGGUUAUGUAUGGAAUCCUUACUAUACUCAGCUGGCAGAUCCUCUCAAUUUGGAUCUGUAUGAACAGGAAUGCGGACCGGAUAAUCCUCUGCGUUGCUAUGUGGGUGAUGUGGGAGCUCGCUUGGGCACUAUUGACCUUGGUGGAGAACGUGUGGUCUUCACGGAUUCAAACUUCCCCCUGGAAUCUCCAGUGGGCGCCAUUGGUCGCUCCAUUGUGAUCUUUGGACCCGAUAAUUCCCAUGAACGUUUUGCCUGUGCCAACAUAGAGCCCGAUCACAAUGUCAUCAAGUACAUCAAUCUACAGAAACCACCUCGCUUUGUGGUUGCCCAAUUUCUGGACGAAUUGCGUUCUGUGAUGGGAAUCCCGGAAUGGAUGUUGGAUGUGGAUGCUCGAAAGACAAAGGAGCUGCAUGGCGGCGCUUGCAUUCAGAUGAUUAUUCAUUUCAAGGGUCCCUUGGCUCAUCGCCUGGAGCUGGAUAUGUCCCGGUUGAUAGCCGCUGGAAGAUUGGACUCUCCUAGUCUAUUCAUACCGGGUUAUGUGAACCAAAAGCGAAAGGCAACCAUCUCGUAUCGAACCUGUGGUGUAAGGGAUACCAACGAGAAGCGCACCAAAAACUUCAAGGGUGGCUUCUACUCCUCAAGCUUAGCUCCAAGCGAACCAAAGCCCUUUGUGUUAGCAAUUAUAGUCAUCGGCCUAGCCCUUAGGUUUCUUUAA